AUGGCUACCAAUACUACCACCGUCACUGAGCAGACCAGCGUCCCCAUCACCGCCGUCGACGAUGGCCGUAUGAAGAUGGACGGCUCGGACCCCGUGUACGGUGACUGGAGAGAUGACUUGCUUCGUGAUGGCUACGCUCUGAUCAAGGGAGCUAUCCCACGUGAGCGGGCGGAUGGCUACGCGGACAAGAUGUACGCUCUGCUUGAGUCUUUCGGUCUUGGCUACGACCGUAACGACCCUUCGACUGUCCACCCUGACAAGCUUCCAGUCAUCAACGAAAAGGGCAUGCUUUUGGCCUAUGGCGCUUGCCACGAGGACUUUGUCUGGAACAUCCGUAGCGAGCCCGGAGUCGUAGGAUCCUUCGAAAAGGUCUUCAACACUGAAGACUUGAUCGUCUCCUUCGACGUCAUCAACUACGGCUUCGCCAACCGCACAAACCUGCCCGAGAACAAGCCGUGGCCUCACCAAGAUCAGGACCCCGACAGACCUGGUUUCCGCUGUCUCCAAGGUCUUGUCAACCUGCACCCCUGCGGUCCCAACGAUGGCGGCCUGAUUGUGUGCAAGGGCUCCCACAACCUCAGUGCCCAGUUCCACGAGGAGAUGAAAGACGAGACUCGCAUUCCCGCGUGGACGAAUGAGUGGUACGGGUUCACUGAGCGCGGCAUGCAGUGGCUCAAGGACCACGGCGGUGAGUGGAUCAAGGUCUGCGCCGAUCCUGGUGACUUGAUCGUCUGGGACUCUCGAACUGCGCACUACAAUGUCCCCGUCAAGGGCGAUAUUGAUCGUAUGGCGGUGUACACAUGCUUUAUGCCUGUGACAGAUGCCACUCAAGAGGACCUCCUCCGAAAGAAGGCGGCGUACGAUGCUCGCCUCGGAACCACCCACUGGCCUAAUGCUAGACACACCGGAUCGAACACCGCGAUGCGUAACGGAAAGCCUGACCACAUCGUGAGGGAAAGACCACUCAAUGACCCCAAGCUGAGCGAGAGAGCAUUCAAGCUUACGGGCAUUCCAUACAUCCAGUCGAAAGCAUAG